AUGCAGUGGACCCCAGAGCACAGCCAGUGGGCCGAGCAGCAUUUUGACAUCUCCUCCACCACGCGCUCCCCGGCCCAUAAAGCUGAGGCGUAUCGGGCCGUUCCCGCCCAUCUGCAGCGGUCUGCCACCUACCAGUACGCCUGGGCCAACGAUGACAUCUCUGCUCUCACUGCCUCCAAUCUCCUCAAGAAAUAUGCUGAAAAGUACUCUGGGAUUCUGGAGAUGCCCUCCUCGUACUCCGAAGGCCCUGGAGUGAUGAAUGGACGAAAAGGCGAAUCCGAGCCGUGGCAGGACGGAGUGUACCCCAUGAGCUGCAUCCCUGAGGGGGUGUCAGUGAGGAAAGGGGGGGUGGCCUCUGCCUCCGAGGUGGUGUCCGGCAUGUGCAGCUCCCCAGGGCUGGCCUCGAGCACCCUCAGCGAACCCAGCUACUCCAGCAGCAGCUGUGGGAGUCACACAGCCACAGCGCUGCACUCGUCCUCUAUGUCCUCUCAGGAGUACGGGCCGGCCUACAGCGGCUCCUACCUGCACAGUACUUACACUUCCCAGUCCGCAGCCACCAUUCCCUCCCCCCUGCACAGCUCUGGGCUUCUGCAACCACCCCCACCUUCGCACCCCACGUUAGUCCCUGCUUACAACGGCGGCUCUCCCAACCUGUCCAGUUAUAAUUACCCCCCAGCAGGCUACCCCGCACAGGGCUCUGUUGGUCCAGGUUAUAGCCCAGGGGGGGCCCCUCCACCCUCCUCUUACCUCCCCUCAGGCAUCGCUGCACCAACACCCCUCCCUCCUUCCUCAGCCCUACCUGGAUACUCGUACCAGAGCCACAACCUAACCCCCAUCGCCCCUACCCCUCUCAGCAGCAGCUCGUCAAACUCCCUGAAAAGGAAAGCCUUCUACAUGAGCAGCCAGAGUGAUGUGGACUCUUCAUAUGGUAACUUUGGCUACGGACAGAGCAGGAGCUCCGCUGAGAGCCCCAUGUACAGGGUCUCUGCAGACAGCAGUAGCUCCAAUGGAGGCUCCAGUGGGGCCAGCUCAGGUGGAUUUGACCGUAGCUCUGACAAGUCUGCAUUACCUUUUAAUCCAACCAAACAGUCCUCUAUGGGCUCUGAGCAGAGGAAGUACAACAGUCAGCCAACAGGGGGCCCGCUCACUCCUCCCACGUACGUCUCCUCCAGUCUGGGGGGCUCACGUUCAGCAGACUCUCUCGCGAGCUUCACCUCUCCUUCCCUGAGCGAGCAGAGUGAGGACCAUCGACUACAUAUGUCCCACUCUGCUCCUGGUCCAAACUCCUCUUCCUCAUCCUCAUCCUCACGCCCUGCGGAAGAGCAGCUCAAAAACAGUGACCCUCACCUUCUUGACAUGGUGACCUCUGAAAUCGUGCAGCAGGGCCCCCCUGUGGAUUGGAAUGACAUUGCUGGUCUUGAGAUCGCCAAGGUGACUCUGAAAGAGGAGGUGCUUUGGCCCAUCCUGCGCCCAGACAUGUUCAGCAGUUUAGGACCUGCGCCACGCUGUGUGUUGUUGUUUGGCCCGAGGGGCAGUGGCAGGACGUUGUUGGGCCGUUGCCUGGCCAGCCAGCUGGGGGCGCCCUUCCUACAGCUCAGCGGCUCCACACUGGCCACAAAAUGGCUGGCAGAUGGAGAAAAGAUCAUUCGAGCAUCAUUUUUGGUAGCACGCUGUCGGCAGCCAUCAGUACUGUUCAUUAGCGAGGUGGACAUGUUGCUGUCGGCCCACCUCAGUGAAGAGAGUCCCAUCAACCGACUAAAGGGCGAGCUCCUGGCCCAGCUGGACUCUCUCCUAAUGGGCUCUGGGGAGGACGGUGGCAGCCAGGUUCUGGUCGUGUGCUCCACCAGCAGACCCCAGGACAUGGAGGAAGGGCUGAGGAGGUACUUUUCCAGGAGGGUGCUCGUGCCCCCACCAGACACUGCAGCUCGACAUCAGAUGGUGAACCAGCUGCUGGCUCAGUCCCAGCACAAGUACUGCUUAAGUGAGGAGGAGGUGGCUCUGCUGGUGCAGCGCACUGAGGGAUUCUCUGGACUGGACUUGGCCCGUCUGUGCCAAGAGGCCCUUGUGGGGCUCUUACAUGCAUCUGCACAGGGCAUGGACAUGUCGACCAUGAUGCCCAGGGGACAGAUCAGGCCACUAACAUACCAGGACUUUGAGACUGUCUUUUGUAAAUUCCAGGCCAGUAUAUCGCAGAAAGAGAUUGACACAUACACUGAGUGGAACAAAAUGUUCGGCUGCAGCCAGUGA